CAACGCAACACAGCGCCAUUUUCUUAGUCACUGAUCGUAUAUACAGCCGCACAUUUCUCUCUCUUCCCAGCAAUCUGCGAAUUGCCGGGACAGUUGGUUAAUCGAUCGACAAUACCCGAUAGAAUAUGGCAGCGGUGGAAGAGUCGAGUAAUCUGUUCGUGGUCGACGAGGCCUAUGAGUUCUCAGCGCCGCGAUUUCAUGAUUUCAUGGCGGAGGAGACUGAUGAGGAACUUCGCAGCGCGGAGCUAUGGUUCGAGAGCGCCUUCACUCAUGCCCCUUCUCCGUUUAUGCCUAGAAUCAGAUCUACCAGAACAGUUCAACAGAUUCUUUGCAAUUUCAAUGAAGAUGAGCAAAUUCAGAAGCCACCGAAAUCAUCUGAAAAUGCAUCGAAUUCUGCUCAAGAAUCAGCUCCAAAAUCACUAAACCAGACACUAGAUAAAGUGAUGGCAAUUUCAGCUGAAACAACGGAGAAGACACCUAAUAUAGAAAACUCAUGCUCUCAGGAAAAGCAAAACGGCCAGGAGAUUUACUGCACUCCAGCACCACAAAAGCAGGGGGGUGAUAGGAAGCUUCAGACAGCAAAAAAGAUUGCUAGUAUGCUGAAAAAUUCUUCAGCGACCAGUUCAAAGAAACAGCUGCCAAAAUCACAAGCCAAGAGUGCUAAACCUGCUAGUGUUAGGAGGGACGGUAAUAAGAACAUUGUUGGAACUCCCGGCUUUGCCCAUGAAAACCAUGCCAUAAAGAAGCAAAAACUGGAUGGAGGAAAAUCUCGACAGAUUCUUGGAGUCAACAAACCUUCAAGCCUUUCUCACAAAACAAGAACUGGAAUUGUCAGCAGUAGCAGCUCCACCUUCUGCCCUGCAACUGCUAAAACUUGUAAAGAAGAUAGAAAGAUGUAUGUCCGAGAACCAGCAGCACCAUUUGUUUCUAUGGCGGAAAUGAUGAAGAAAUUUCAAUCAGGGACGAGAGAGAUGCCUUCGAUGCGUAGCAGCUGCUCUCUUUCUCAGAGCGAUGCCGCUGGAGCAACGCAGAGGAAGCAUAAGCUUGUGCUCACAAGGCCUAAAACACCUGAAUUCGAAACAUCUCAGCGCGUGCGUUCUGUUAAAAUCAAAAGCUCAGCGGAAAUUGAGGAAGAGAUGAUGGCUAAGCUUCCCAAGUUCAAGGCUCGUCCACUAAACAAAAAGAUCUUUGAAGCCGCAACUUUACCGCCAUUGCCAAGAAGCACACCACAGCUUCCUGAGUUCAAGGAAUUCCGUCUAGAAACAAUGUCAAGGGCCACUCAGAAUGCAGAAACAUCCUCUGUGGCUUCGGUUGAACCAACAGAGAGCCAUCAAUGGAAACCACGUCAUCUUACUGCCCCGAAGUCACCUGCUCUCCAAACAUCUCUCCGAGCGCGUCCUCCCAAGAUCAAGAGUUCCGAGGAGUUGGAGAAAGAGGAGCUUGAAAAUAUUUCACAUUUCAAGGCUAGACCAUUGAAUAGAAAGAUAUUUGAGAGCAAAGGGGAGAUGGGAAUGUUCUGCAACAUGAAGAAGCAAGUUACCAUUCCUCAGGAAUUUAAUUUUGCCAUAGAUAAAAGGAUCCCUCCACCAACUUCGGUGGUUGAUCUCUUCGACAAGCUUUCAAUAUGUUCAGAAUCUCAACGUGAGAAGCCUCUCACUAGAAACACUACACCAAAUCCAUUCCAUCUCCACACAGAGGAAAGAGGGGCAGAGAAAGAGCGAAGGAUAGCCGCAGAACUCAUGCAGAAACAGUUAGAAGAGGAGAGGGCUAGGAUACCGAGAGCUCAUCCGUAUCCUUACACAACUGAUUUUCCUGUGAUUCCGCCAAAGCCAGAGGCAAAGCCAUGUACGAAACCAGAGCCAUUCGAAUUGGAAAGUUUGGCGAGGCAUGAACAGGAGAUGCAGAGAGAAAUGGAGGAAAGGAUGAGGAUGGAAAUGGAAGAAGCUGAGAGGAGAAGAUUCAAAGCCCAUCCUAUCUUGAAAGAGGACCCGAUGCCACUCCCAGAGAAAGACCGAAAGCCCCUCACAGAGGUUCAAGGAUUCAAUCUACACCUCGUGAACAGGGCUGUUGAGAGAGCAGAAUUCGAUAAAAAGAUUAAGGAGACAGAAAUGGUCUACAAGAGAUACAGAGAGGAAACAGAAGCUGCAAGGAUGAUGGAGGAGGAGAAGGCCUUGAAACAGUUGAGGAGGACUAUGGUUCCUCAUGCAAGACCAGUACCUAAAUUCAACCACCCUUUCUUACCACAGAAGUCUACUAAAGACACCACAAAACCCAAGUCACCAAAACUGCGUGUGGAUUAUAGGAAGGAGAAACGAAGGAUGGUCCCUUCUGGUAAAGCUUCGGGUGCAGCAGCGUGCUAUAUGAGGUGACCUGUGAUUGGUUGUGUAGUUUAAGUCACCUUGAACUAUAACCAUUAUUAUUCAUUAGGAUUGUGGGACGUUGGUUGCUCCAGUCCUAUAAUCCUGUAUUAUUUUGUACAAGAGUGUGAUGCUAUUGUAAUGCAAUACAAUACAAUACAAAUACUUCAUCUGAUCUUAUUGUAGAAAUGAAAUUGCAAGAAGCCAAA